AGUAGUCGGUCCUGGGAGGAAAACAGUCAUAUCGCUAGACCUUGGUUUGUAUCUGCCCGCCAAACGAUUACAGAUGGCCCGGUGCGAGCUCAAGAACAUUCUCCUUCGACCAGGGGAGCUGCAUGUGGUUAUGGCUAUGCUGAGGACCAUUGGGUCAUAUAUUGACAGUAGCGGGAUAGACAUGUGCUGGAUCGAGUCGGAACUUAAUGGCCCCUCCACUGUUAAACAGAUAAUCGAUGGCAAGCAUGUUAAGCGCGGUAAAAGAGCACACAUGAUCACCUUACGGGCUUUAUUUUCCUUAUACCUGGGAGCAUUUCUAGAAGGCUCGCCUGAUGUACGUCGUACCCUCGAGGAACUCUCUACGAAAGUUGGAGAUGCGUGCAAAGAAGGCACUAAGGAGAACAUCCAGACGGCGCACCAUAGCUCUACCAACGCGAUCCAGUCUUCUGAAGUAGUCAAGAAGAUGUCUGAUUUUGACGCUGCGAAUGCCACAAAUCCUCUCUCUACUGUAUUUCGCCGAUACAUGCGCAUGGUAAUGGAGAUGUUCGCAUUCAUCCAGGCAGUCCGCAGUGGUGAUUGGAAGCUCCAUCUAAUUGCACUGGAGUUGUUCACAAAGUACGUCUUUGUGCACGACAAGAUCUGUUAUCUAAGGAUGAUCCCCCUGUACCUAGCUGAAAUGGCAUCCCUCGAAUCAUCAGUCCCCGAGAUCUAUGGAGAGUUCAUCACAGGAAACUGGGUAGUGAACAAGAAGAAGGAGGUUCCCUUCUGUGCUGUUGGUGGUGAUACUGCGUUGGAGCACCUCAAUCGAUCUAUGAAAGUUUCUGGUGGGCUUGUAGGGAUCACUUUGAAAGAGAGCGCACGAGCCAAGUUUUUCCUCAUUGCCCCAGAACUAGCCCGACUCACAGCAGAAGCCAAGGCAAUGGCGGGUCUCGUUCCGGAACGUGCACACCAUCAAGAACUAAACUCAGCUGUUUUGACGCAAGAAGAUAACAGCAUAAAUAAGUUGACCGAGACAAUCAAGACCUUCACCAAUCCCUUUUCAUCAGACCAGAACACCAACACCGAUCUCUACAACUUGGUCACAAAAGUUGUGAUGAAUGAGAAAACGAAGAAAGAUCUUGUUAAUCAGAGUGAAGAAGGGAGAAAGCUAUUCAGUGCUUUUGUACAAGAUAGGAUCAGGACAGGAAAGAUCAACCUCUGGGCUCCUGUGAAGACGCACAAUCUUCUUACCUGGAAAACGAGUGCUAAGGUCAUCAAAGUCAAAGCUAAAGACACGAUCAUCGAGUUAAAGGAGGACAGAAAUCUGUUUGCUCGUUUGGCGAUGGUGUCCAAGAGCCGCCCAGAAAUUGACAUCCAAGAGGCUGUUGGCUUAUAGGAGUUCACUGUUGUCCCAAGAACUUUGUUUGCACGAGAUGGUACCAUGUUGCAUUGUUCUUGCAAGAGUGCCCUUAUGCAUAUCCUAGAGAAGGCAGGUGGCCCUAGUACUAAUACACAAGAAAUCACCGCAGGAUUCAAACUCGCGAUUGUUGAUGGAAUGGCCGAAGUCCAAUCACUUGACAAGCCAGAGUGGAUCAAUAACUGUAGAGACUUGGCUGAAUAUUUCACGAAUCGCUUGCUUGUAAAGUAUAAUGAUUUACAAGAGCUCCACAUGAUCUUCGACAGAUAUGAUGUACCAUCCUCACUGAAAUCAGCAACA